AUGAUGAAGGCGUACAACAAGUAUGCCAAGGUGGGCGCUGUUGCACCGGACCAUGUGCAAGCAGCGGCUGCCGCAGUCCAGAGCGGCAGUGUCACCGCUGCUCCCGAGCAGUACGACCAAGCCUACCUCUCUCCAGUCAGUGUGGGCGGCAAGACACUCCAGCUCGACUUCGACACCGGGUCUGCUGAUCUCUGGGUGUUCUCCACGCUUAUGCCAAGCAGCGAACAGUCCGGUCACGCUAUCUACAACCCAAGCACCUCUGGCCGGAAGCUAUCUGGACAGACGUGGGACAUUAGCUACGGUGAUGGCUCCGGCGCAAGUGGUACCGUCUACGCCGAUAAGGUCGUCGUUGGCGGUGUGACCGCCACCUCCCAGGCAGUCGAGGCUGCUACUUCAGUGUCUGCAGCAUUCACGCAGGACCAGGACAACGAUGGACUCUUGGGCCUUGCCUUCUCUAGCAUCAACACUGUUAGUCCCAACCAGCAGACUACUUUCUUUGAUACCGUCAAGAGCAGUCUAGCAAAGAAGCUCUUUGCUGUCGACCUCAAGGCUGGCAAAGCAGGCACGUACGACUUCGGCUAUAUCGACUCCUCCAAAUACACCGGCAGCAUCACAUAUACCGCAGUCGAUACCUCUCAAGGAUUUUGGCAGUUCACUGCUGGCGGCUACAGCACUGGUUCGGGUUCUACGAGCGGAAACAUUGGUGACUCCAUCAUGGACACGGGAACCUCGCUCCUCUACCUUCCAUCGAACGUCGUCUCUUCCUACUACUCACACGUCUCGGGCUCCAGGCUCGACAACUCCCAGGGUGGAUAUACCUUCCCCUGCCGCAACACUCUGCCAGACUUCAACGUCUCCAUCGGUGGCAAGGUGUUCACAGUUCCUGGCUCCUACAUCAACUAUGCUCCCAUCGACAGCUCGGGCAGCACUUGCUUUGGUGGUAUUCAGCCCAAUGAUGGAAUUGGUUUCACCAUCUUCGGAGAUGUGUUCAUGAAGGCUACCUACGUCGUGUUCGACCAGACGACUUCUUCUCCACGCCUGGGCAUAGCUGCGCAGAGCUAG